AUGACUAGCCCUAUCCAUAACAACCUCAGCACUCUUAUGUUUGUUAACCUACAUGAUGCUAAUAAUCCUGGUGAUUUACUUCUACAUUUUUUUUUUGGCACAAGGAAAACGAGUGUUGGAAUUUUACAUGGCAGGUAUAAUAAAUAAAAUAAUGAGGGUGAAUUCAUCUUCAAAAAGGAGAAUACCUAACUCUUGAUUUUAUCUACCUUAAUAACCUUCAUUUCCUUUUUCACACUGACAAUCCUGUUUCUCUCUGCAUAAAACACGAAGCUCUACAAAUCAUACUUUGAUGAAUCAAACACUUCUUACAUGGUGUUAUUUAUGGCAUUGUUUGUUGUCGGUUUGGGAAUAUUGGAAGAGUAUUUUUGGAGAAAUUUCAUGAUCAAAACUCUUCCAUCUGGCUGGGUUGCUGCAUUAUUUGUAGGCUUACACUUUGCACUUCUUGUCAUGAUGAUAACUAGCACUAUAGUAGAAUGGCAGUAUUGCAUUUUAUUGGGAGUGCUAUCAGUUAUAUGGCAUAUGAUUAUGGUUUAUGCAAGAAAGUUACUUAAAUUUUCAUCGGUUUUGGUGUAUGGAAUUGCUGCAAGAUUUGGCAUCUACACUGCAUUUUAUAUAUUAUUUUUGAACAUCAAAUUAGGUUGA